AUGCCUCUCUCUCCAGACACAAAUGUUCUGGCAUACCUACGCAAGGAGUCUCUUGACAUCUACAAUCGCCUGCACUCCAUCGAUGAGGAUGUUGACUUUGUUCAGCUAGUACACGAAACAUAUCCUCAAAUUCCCUUGUUGCCAAAUCUUCGUUGUGGAGCAUGGUACACUGCCCCUAACAUAGCCGCAAACACACCAGCGUACUUCAAAUCUACCGAUGGCCAUUUCUCAAACUGGAGCUUCAACCUUCGCCGAGCAAACCUACACCUCCUUCCUCUCGUUAUUCAACACAAUGGCAUGAUCCUAGUCGACUCUACACGUUCAGGAAAACGUAUCCCUGAUGCCCUUUCGAAAACCGUACCAAUAUGGUGUGCGGUAAUCAACAGAGCUAUGGUCCUUCUCAAUCCCGACUUGCCACAAGUAAACGAGGGAUGGGAUCCCUCAUUAUAUACCGCUCCAGGAGCGGUCAGCGCACAGGAACAUCAUCAGAUUGAGAUCAAGCUCGAUGGAUUCGCUCGCGCACUUGUGGCAUCUUCAUUUGAACUCCCAGUGCUACCACACCCACUUCGUCCAUUCUGGAUUACCCCAUCAACGACCUCCUUCCCAUUUUUCAGCUCUCCCGUAUCCGACGGCUUCUUGCCCGUUAUAUGUGUAUCCGCCUCCAAGCAGGUCGAUCAAGGCACGGAAAGGCGGGCCAGUGGGUUCUCGUACAUCCAGGGAUCGGGAGACGAUCAUGAAUUAUGGGGCAUGGGCCUCACACCGGAAUUAUUCUGGGCACACAAUGAUGCCCUCUUGAGCGCAGAUCGUUCCGAGCUUUCUGAGCUUGUCGCGAAACUCGUUAAACAGCCCACGAUCUCAAAUUCAUCUUCGCUGAGUAAUAACCCGCCAAUUUUAAUAUCAAAGGUUUCUGGAAAACUGGCGAUGUGCUGGACCUCAGAUAUACCCAUGCAAGAUACUUUGAAUGUUUGUGUGGAAAUCGACUCUAAGGAGACCACACCCAACACCUCUAGAACGGCUUACAUAGUUCUCACUUCCUCACAUACCACUCCCCGUAACAACGUGAACUGUCUCUACAUCCCCCUACACCACGAACGGAAAAAGAAAGGCGACACGCCGUAUCUCUUUACCACCAUCCUCCCUUCAUCUCUGGCGUUCAUCAAGUCCCGCCUCAGGCUCCUCACCGUCAAAUCCGUCUGCAUAGCAAUCCCAAAAAACGACAGCGACGCUCGAGACGUGGCAGUGGGGAUCAUGUUGGUGGUGCUGCAGCUCCUUUUCGAUGAUCAUGGGGAGCUGUUGGAUGGGGCUUCGGUCCAGCUCCCGGCAACGAAACAGACGAUCCGGACGCGGUUGGAGUGGGUCAUUGCUAGUGUUCCUGAUGUGAACCCUUCUCGGACGAUGUUGAAGAGGGUUAAUGAGUUUUUGCUGUCGAAGCCUGAGUUUUGGAGGGGUGGUUAG